ACAAACCUAACAGGAGAUUAAAGGAGAUGUCAAUCAAAAGUCUACACAUUCACACAGUGUUGAGGGGUUUCAUUUGCUAAAAAUAAGUUCAGUCACUUGUGUGGGUGUAUCAUGUGUGUGCAGGGCCUUUAAACAAUGCUGGAACAAGAUUUUCAAAAAUUUAUUGUACUGAUUAACAACAAGCAAUUUUCUCAGACUGAGCUAAUAUAUGAUGGAAUUCAAUGCAUCUUUCAGCUACCAAAAUUACUAUCGAUGCCUGUGAAAGUAGAAGCAACAUGUGGCUUUCAGAGUGAGUGGAGAGGAAAUUGAUGAGUAUUUUUUUUUCUUUCUUUGUACGUGUGAAUGUGUGUAUAUACCUAUAUGUGUUGAGUGAUGCUACUUGUGGGCAGAACUGUGGUGAAGGGUCCGUUUGUCAUCUCCUGUGAAAGGUGAACACAUAGUUUCCUUUCACCACCCUAUAGCCACAGACUACAUGGUGAUAUGUUGUGGGGUGACAUUGUGGAAAGGCGGAAGGGGCUUGUGUUUUAUAAGAGCCAAAACCAGAAGUUGAACAAUCACAAAAACAGAGAGAACAUCACUUAUUAGAAGAGCAAUACACACCACGGCUGCUGUGUGAUUGGCUCGACUGAGUACUCUGAUAACUCCUCAGACAAGCAGUGAGAUUGUUUUCUGUGAGCGAUUCAGACUACACAGGUUUGUGUUCUGAUAUACUACACUCAGACAGCCAUUGACUGACGAAGUCGAGGUAUCAUUGUGAAGAUGGGUUUCAGCCUGGUUCUAGCCACUCUUCUCUGCUUCACCACAUGGAUGACUUCGGUCGACACAACCCAUGGUCCGGUGGUGAACUGUUGUAUGAUGUGGUCCACAACCAGAGUCCCACUAGAACGAAUUAUGAAUUACACCAUGCAGCCUGAAACGAUCUGUCCCAUCAAAGCCAUAGUGUUUCUGACAAGUCAUGGGAAGAGGAUUUGCUCCGACCCUGAAAGCAAGUGGGCAGUAAGAGCCAAGAAUAAAGUGGAUGAAGAGAGAAAGAAAGCUUUGCAAGUGAACGGACAGACUGAAGAAGGAUCAGCAAGUGACAUCAUGACACCAGCUUGUGCCACUGCAUCAACGAAAGCACCGCAGAAGAAACACAAAAAUGGAAAUGGCAAAUGGAGACGGCAGAGGAAAAGGGGCAGGAAAGCGAGGAGGGAGCUGAGAAGGCGUGUCUGAGGAAUCACAAGACAAAUCAAACCUUCCGCAAAUUUUACUCUUUUCAAAUGGAGUCGUACUGCUUUGUAACAUUAAUAGUAAACAAACCUGAAACAAAAACAGACUUUUAUAUAUUCUUGUAAUGAAAACAAAUAUGCAAUAAACAUUUAAAUAUGUCAUAACUUUGUGUGUUUCAAUUUCAAAGAGCAAUUUUUUUUACCCUUUCUAGUU